AUGGCUGAAACUGCAGUUUGCCUGGGAACAUUCACUGCUGUGAAGACACUCUGGGAAGUGAGAAUACACAAAAUAAAUGAAGAAUUACAGAAAGAAAAAGAAUUCAGGCAGAGGCUACUGCUUGUCUGGGAGGAGAGAGCUGCUUUAGCAAAGCUCAAAGAAAAAGUUAUUAAUGAAGGUGGAAGAGCAAUUUUAAGGAUAGAGGAAGAAGAAUGGAAGACAUUACCUUCGUGCUUAUUGAAACUAAUCCAUCUCCAGGAAUGGCAGCUUCACAGAACUAGUUUGCAGAAAAUUCCUCAGUUUAUUGGAAGAUUUCACAGCCUUGUUGUUCUGGAUCUAUCCCGGAACUCAAUUGAAAGUGUACCUAAAGAAAUUGGCCAGCUGACCAACCUCCAAGAGCUGCUUCUCAGUUACAACAGAAUAAAAUCUGUUCCUAAGGAAAUAAGUAACUGCAUCAGUCUGGAAAGACUGGAACUGGCUGUCAACAGAAGUAUCUGUGAUCUUCCUCCUCAGCUCAGUGAUUUAAAGAAGCUGUCACACAUAGAUUUGUGCAUGAAUCAGUUUACUGCCAUCCCUCCAGCUCUUCUCAACAUGCCAAAUCUGGAAUGGUUGGAUAUGGGGGGAAACAAACUCCAGGAGCUUCCAGAUACAAUUGACAGAAUGGAAAACCUCCACACUUUAUGGCUCCAAAGGAAUGAAAUAAACUCUUUGCCAGAAACCAUUGGUAAUAUGAAAAAUCUUAGUACUCUUGUUCUUAGCAACAACAAACUUAAGGAUAUUCCAGCUUGUAUGAAGGACAUGACAAAUCUGAGAUUUGUCAACUUCAGAGACAACCCACUGGAGCUAGAGGUAACACUCCCUCCCUGUGAGAACACAGACGAGGAGGAGCAACAGGAAAUGUUUGGCAUUGACUUCAUGCACAUGUAUAUCCAGGAGUCACUCAAGAAAACAGGCAUGGCUCUUCUAUUAAUUCUGAUCUCUCCAUAAUACAGUGAGGAAGAGGAAGGACAAACUGGAUAAAUAAAAUCUAGGAUAGGUAUAGAAUUGAAAC